CAGUUUGAAGGAAACCCUCCAAACCUGUUGGUGCAGGUAUGAGGAGGCCAAGAUUUGAGUUUUGACUGACAGACUGAGGUGUGAUGUUUCCUCCUGCUAAUGUGACUGCGUGUCACUGAUAUCAGUGCUGUGUUAAACCGCCGGCUGUGAGCCUCAAGGAAGCCCUGCACAAGCUGCACUGAAGGCUUUCAGACAAACAUCUGGAAGAAUCUGGAGAGAGAUCUGUCCGUCAGGCUCCGGAGCCAGAGAUGCAUCAGGGACGCCUGCGUCUGCGGCCGUGGCUGGAGGAACAGAUCGAUUCGGGCAGAUAUCCUGGAGUCGUGUGGCUGGACGAGUCUACCAGAGUUUUCCAGAUUCCUUGGAAACAUGCAGCCCGGCACGGCUGGAAUAUCGAGAAAGACGCGACUCUGUUUCGAAACUGGGCGAUCCACACAGGGCGAUACAAACCCGGCAUAGACAAACCCGAUCCCAAGACAUGGAAAGCCAACUUCCGAUGUGCACUCAAUUCCCUGACGGACGUCAAAGAGCUCCAAGACAAAAGCAUCAAGAAAGGCCACAACGCUUUCAGAGUUUAUAUUCUCCUUCCACACAGCAAAACAGUGAAAAGACGCAAAGCUUUAAGGUGUUUGGAUACCGACAGUAAAGCUGCAUCACCGCCACAAACACAAAGACACACACCACUGGAGAGAUUUACAGAGGCCUUCUGGAAGUUCACAGAUGAUCGAGGCAGUGCCACGACUGAAGUGCUGAGAAAAGAUGAUCUUGAGGAGGAGAGACCAGCCAUCUACUGCUCACAGGGACUGCAGCUGAACAAGACAGACGAGCACGAGCAAACCGAAGCGGUGCUGAAGAUCGUGGAUCAUCUGAAGAACCUGGAGCACUGGAGUCCCUCGUACGAGAGUGACAGAGGCUGGAGACCCAACUCAAUGUGGAUGGGAAGCCUGUGUGAGACGAUGGAGUUUUCAGGUUACUCCUUCCAGACGGACUGCAACAUUCACAAUACCUCAUCGGGUCAAUACGACCAGAUCAACUGAACGAGCAGCUUCACACUACUGUAUCUGUUGUUGUUGUUGUUGUGUAGUGCAACUGAAGGAAAAAUACAUUAAUUAAUGGACAUGU